AUGACUUUGGGCUCUGACCAGAUCGACGGCAGCUUUCCGAAAGACUGGAUUGGCGUGUUUCUGGACCACCACCAGGUCCCCGGGGGCCCGCUGGGAGGGGCGGUGUUGAACCGCAUGUUCUUUGCCACGCAGCUAUGAAAGGGGUAAAGAAGUAGAAGUUUGCUCCUCGCACCGAUUGCACGUUGAAUAGUAGUACUUGCAUACGAGCAAAGUUGAAAUAAUGAAGCCGCGAUUUUUUCCUCGUUGAUUUUACAUGACAAGACCGGUUUAGAAUAGGGUUUAGAUGAAUAGUUUAGGGCUCGUCCUAUUGUGAUUUUACAUGACAAGACCACUCAGCGGCUGGCACUGGUACCGUAUUCAUAAUCAUCGAGUGCCGGAACAGUAUUAUCGAAAUAAGUUAUGUGCAGUUAAUAGCAGACUGUCGCUAUCUUUGUCGUGGAUGGAGAUGUUGUGCGUCUGUGUUUGCGGUCCUGGUGCUUUUUCAAUUCAUAAAAACACGCCUGGGACGACGUGAACUUCGGCGCGGAAUCGGUGAUGGUGGUGCAGCACAUCACGGUGGGUCGAUGCUUCUCGUGUGACCAGUUGCGGGUCGACCUAUUGACGGCGGAUCCGGAUCCGCGCUUGGUCAAUCCUUUCGAGGACCAGCCCAGCCGAAGGGUGGAUCUGUGGGUUCAGAAGGCACUGCAUCAAGCUUUGCGGCCAAUGCUGGGAAAUGAUAUCGCGGACCACAUUGAGAAGUUCCUGGGGAUUUUAGAAAAUGAAGCCUAG